GCUGAUGGCCGCUGUUGUUGGAGCCAGGUUGAUGGACUUCAUCAAGAACGCGCUGCAUCUGGAGAGCGCAACAGUCACCUACUGGUCCGACUCGACCGACGUGCUUCACUGGCUCAACCGGAGGCGGCCUCUCAAGAUGUUCGUGGAGAACCGGGUGAAGACUGUGCUUCAGUUGACGACCGCCGACCAGUGGAGGUACGUCAGAGGCUCUGAUAACCCCGCUGACAUAGGCACGAGAGGGGUAACGCUGACCUCUCUCAUCGCCUGUGACAAGUGGUGGAAGGGUCCACCAUUUGAUUUGAGUCCGCCUGACUAUGAUGCCUCGUUAGUGCUACUGACGCCUCCCUCAGCAGAAGCCGAAGCAGAGACGAGGCCCGAGGUCAGACGUCAGAUCGUGGCCGUGAGACGAGAGUGUGGCCCUGAUCCGAUUCCAGACGUCAUGCGUGGACCGUUUGACGUGACUCGGUGUUCUCAUCUCAAGCAGGCAGUGAACCGCACCGCGUGGAUUCUUCGGUUCGCGCACAACGCCAGGCACCAGCGCACGGAGAGGAGGAGUGGAGCGCUGUCGCCCGACGAGCGCCGGGAGGCGCUGCGGUUCUGGAUCCGGGUCUCGCAGAGUGCCGCCUACGCGCAGGAGCUGGAGGCGCUGACGGCAGGCGCGCCGCUGCCACCCAACUCGCGACUCGAGAAGGUCAGACCUCGUCUAAACGCAGAUGGUGUCCUAGAAGCUGUCACGCGAACUCACGAACCUGCUCUGAUCAUUCUGCCUGAGUUUGCCCAUCUGACCACCUUGAUAGUGGAUGAUGCCCACCGUAAAUCGUUUCACCAGGGUACCCGCACCACACUGGCACUGCUGUCUGGUGAAUACUGUGUGAGGAGACGAACUGUUCAUCGUGUAGUCAGUACAUGCUUCAGGUGCCGGAGGUACCGGGGUGCGCCGUACCGGUCAGCUGAUGGCGCGCUGCCCCUGUUCAGGACGGAGCCCAGCCGUCCGUUCAGCCGGGUCGGUGUGGACUUUUUCGGUCCGAUGUACGUCAAGGGCGGCGACAAGGUGACGACGACGUGCUGACGCCCGCGCACCUGUUGUUCGGGGUCACGUCCAUCCGUGGCGUGCUCUCUCCGUCUGGCCACGAGCUGGACAGCCUGAGUCGGCGCUGGCGGCACCAGCGGCUGGUCAGCGAGCACCUGGUUCAGCGAUGGACCAAAGAGUACCUGCAGACUCUACGCACGUGGAGCUUCUCUCGGCGCGGCCGUCCGGUUCGGCUGCCCGAGGUCGGAGAGAUUGUGCUGGUGCACGCGGAAGGUCCGCGUGGUCGCUGGCCUCUGGCGCGCGUGGUGUCCCUCCUGUCUGGAGCGGACGGCCGCGCUCGCGCGGCGAGUAUCGUGCUAAGAGGGCGACUUACCCGCCGCCCGAUCAACAAACUGUUGAGACUAGAGGCGUCGGAGUGAAGUGAGCGUCGGCGAGGCGAGUGCCGAAAAAGUGACUUGUGUGCCGAGUGAGGAGAGACUUUUCGAAGUGACGGCUCACUUCGAAAGUGGGGAGUAUGUCGCUAUUCGUUACUGCCCUGUGACCUUUUUUCUCCUCAUGUUACCGUACCGUAUAUGUUUUCCAUCGUUACUGUGUUGUAUCCUACCUUUCCUUUACGCCUCGUCAUUUUAUUUUACCCAUGGCAGCCCAUUUGGUAACCCCUGCAUCCGUCACGA